UUAAAAGCAUUUUUAUGGCAUCACAAAAUACAAAAAAAGUUUAAAAUGUAAAUGUUUCAUGAUUUUGACCACACAUUGCUAAACAUGCACACAGUUUCAUCAAAAAAAAUUUGUUAAUAUGGCAGCACCGGCUCUGCAGUAGGUUUGUUGUUUUUCUGUGUAUUCUUUGACAUUUAUUUUUUCGGACUGUUUUCUCAUCUGAAUACAAAAUUAUCGUUUGGUCAUUGGAAAAAAUUCAAUAACAUUAAUAAGUUCCGAUUCGGUAUUAAAAAUAAACCUUUCAAAUUAAACAAAUUUAUUGAAAGAAAACAGUUUGUGUUAAACAUAUUUACGAAUCAAAAUGAAUAUUAAUUUACCAAACUUCAAUGUAAAAAACCUAGUGAAAGAAGCUGGAAGCACUUUGUCUAGAGUUGUGCAGUUAACUGAAGAAAAACUGGGAACCACAGAACGUACAGAAUAUGAUACAGAAUUUCAAAAUCUUGCGGAACGUGCAGAUGUUACAAAAACAUGGACGGAAAAAAUUGUACGCGAUACCGAAUCGGUACUUAUACCAAAUCCCCAAAAUCGUGUCGAGGACUUCAUCUUUGAAAAGAUUGAAAAAUCAAAACCACAGCGUUUAAGUAACCUAGAGCAUUUGGCUUUAGCAAUGAUUGAGGCGGGCGGUGACUUCGGUCAAGAUUUGCCUUAUGGGCAGGCUUUGAUAAAGGUCGGACAAGCUGAACAGAAGUUAGGCCAGUGCGAAAGAGACUUUAUUGCCACAUCUGGCAUUUGCUUUACACAGCCAUUGCGAAAAUUUUUGGAUGGUGAAAUGAAAACCAUAACUAAAGAGCGCGGAAUCUUAGAAACAAAGCGACUUGAUUUGGACGCUUGCAAGAACCGUGUAAAGAAAGCAAGAAGUAUGCUGGGCCAACAAAAUAAAGAUGGCAUAUCGCCUGAAGCCGUCUUGGAGCAGGCUGAACGAGAUCUUCGAGUAGCACAAUCUGAAUUUGAUCGCCAAUCAGAGAUAACUAAAUUAUUGCUUGAAGGAAUCAGUACCUCACAAGCAUCACAUUUACGCCAUUUGCAUGCAUUUGUGGAAACUCAAGUACGUUAUUACAAGCAGUGCACAGAUGUCAUGAAUAAUUUGCAACGUGAACUAGCACGACUUCGUCCAGAAAAGCCACGCCUGCGCAUAAAUAGUGAAGAUGUUGAUGGGCCUCCCAACACCAACCAUACAAAUAAUUUAAAUAAUGCGGACAUUGAUUAUGACGAUAGUGAUGUGCAUGAGUUUAAGACAAUUGAUAUUAAUUCAGUCACUGAUAAUACCAAAAACACAAAUCCAUUUGCUACACAAAUAUUAGCAGAUUUUGAUAUUGAAUUUGAUUCAAGUGCUAUAAGCACGGUUAUUUUUGUUACUGAAUGUUCACCAAUCAAUGCUGAUUACAUGUAUGGAAAACAAGGUUUACUUAAAGGUUUGGUUCCCCGGGCAUUCCUCGAAAUGCUUGACGAUGAAUCUUUUGGUAACUCCAGUUAUUAAGAAAAAAAAUCGUAAAAUAAUAUUCUUAAAGACAGAUAAUUAAAUAAAAAAUGUCGUUUACAAAUAACAAAUGGAAAAUUAAAAAAUAUUUACAAAUGUUAAAAUUGUCAUUACAUAGUAAAAUUGAAUGAUUUAAAAUUCUAAAUGACAUCACAUGCAGUACAAUAAUUAUAUAAAAAAUGUAGUCAGUCAUACGUAUUUAGUAAAUUCUAGUUAUCGCCUAUAAUACUCAUAAAUUAAAUAUUUAAUAUCAAAAUAAUAAUAAAUCAUACAAACAGCACUAAAACAUA